GGGACGCUCACACAGCUUCUGCUUUUUGGACAUCUUGAACACUGCGAGGUGAAGUAAACACUGACAGAAACCAGACUCUGAAUCAUGUGGAUCUAAAACGGAAAGACAAACUGGAAUAUUAUCGUCCUCUGCACAGUGGAUUUAAGGCUUUAUUCACCUCUCAGAUGAGCUGAAGGACGGAUCCAGAAACAUACACUGCAUGAAAGACAAAAGGAGUACUCAGUUUUUUUUGAGGGAUAUUUCUGGACAGUAAUCUGGAUUAUAUGUUGUACUCUGCAUUAGUUUAUAUGCAGGUCACUGGUUGGAUUUGGACAUGUUGGACUUGACGUGACCAGAGUCUUUCCCUCCUUUUGGUUCUGGAGACAAACUCUCCGGUCAUGAGAUGCACCGUGAGCCUGCUGAUGAUGACGAUGGUCCUGCUGGACUUUACAAACUCAGAUGUCUGGAUGCUGCCGGCUCCCAGCAGAGUUUCCAUGGAGUCUGUUGACAUGAAACACGUACUGAGGUGGGGCCCUCUGGAGGCUCCCUGUGACACCGCAGUCCUCUACUCUGUUCAGUUCCAGGGUGAGUUUGAGCUGAUGUUGCUGAACGGCAGCUGGGUGGACGCUCAUGAGUGUCAGCUGAUUCCUCACACUCACUGCGACCUGACCUUAGACCUGGGCUCCGACUCCGACUACAACCUCCGUGUCAGAGCGCAGUGCGGCUCCCAGCUGUCGCUUUGGACCAAGCUCAGCCUGCCCUUCAACCGCAGAGACACGGUCUUGACGGCGCCGGAGAUGGCGGUGACGGUGGCAGGUGAUGCCCUUCAGGUGUCGUUCAACAAGCUUCCUCUCAUUGCUGUUGUCAGUGUGACGGUGUGGAAGAGAGGCGACGAGCUGCAGGCCACUGUGCACACAAUGCCAGCUGAGCAGACGGUGCUGCUUGUCCCCGCCCUGCAGGAGGGAGCGGUGUACUGCGUCACAGCUCACACCAUCCUGGACAAUCGGCUCCGCAGCAACAGCACCGACCCCCAGUGUGUCUCCAUCACUGGUCCAGACACUGCCUGGAAGAAGCCGACCACUGUGACUGUGACCAUCAUCAUCAUGGCCGGUCUGCUGUUCGCUGUCUUCUGGUCCGUCGUUCACUGUCGUCCAGACGUCUGUCAAACGUACAUCCGUAAAGAGCCACUGCCCCGCUCGCUGGAACCUGACUGGGACAUUAAAAUCGCGAUGAGCCCUGAGGAGGCGGAGCUUCAUGAGGAGGUCCAUUUGUGCGUCGACCCACCGAAGUUAACAAUCUGAAACCCUGAAGAGUCACGACCAAGCGUCAGCGUCCGGGCCUGAAAAAAGAAGCCAAUGCGCAAGUGCCAAAAACUGCAGUUCUUUGAACGGCCACUUGAGGCUGACUCCAAGAGCGAGUCGAUCCCCACAGACCGCCAUCUUAAAACUUUACAGCAGAAGCAAACAUGUUUACAGACAGGUACAAGGUUUAGUCUCCAUGACAACCAUAUGAAGGGGUGACAGGCUGUCUGUGAGGCGUCACUACAGUCUGAGUCAGAGCCACCCCUUGCUCCUCCACAGCUCCACCCUCUCAUCCAAAUAUGGUCACUUAUGGCUCCAAAAAAACAAGAUGGUGACAGCUGAAAUCCCGAACUCGGGGCUUUAAAACAGGAGUCCACAAACAUAUGGAUUACGUCAUGGAGUCACACUCUGUGGUCACAACACAUCUGGAAGACCAAGUGCUGAACAUGGUGGACUGAUGUUGUAUGUUAAUGUUUUGAGAAGAUGCUGUUGAGCUGUUCAGGUCUCCUGGAAGUUUUGGGGGGUUUGUGAUGUGUUCAAAUCUUGUGGGAAAACUGAAACAAGCAAAGGAAACAAAGGGAAACAAAGGAGAUGCUUUGUAAUCCAAGCCAUGAGACGUUUCACCACUCCAAAACCAAACAGCUCGUUACAUCGUCACUUUUGUUAUCACAUCAAUACUGACUUGAAAUACAACAGUCACGUCAGUGGACUCAUUUUAGUAAUCGUCGUGCUGCUGUCUAGUGUUAGGUACACUUAACGGCAAUGACCCUGACAUUUACACAGACACACAUCUGAAUUUUGGGGAGAUAUGCAAUUACCAAUUUUACAGGGUGUAACAGAAAAGCAAUAUAACAAGUAGCGUAAAGAAUUCACCCUUUGUCAAGACCCGCCCAUGGUCCCGCCCCCCUUAGUUACUGUUGCUGGAUUCGACAAAACAAGCCUCUCGGGGGUUCAUUCCCAUAGGAAACAAUGGAAAAUACCAGGAGAUUUAACUUUCUUGUAAUUCGAAUUGAAUCCAUCAUUCUGUCCAAAACGUGGCGUCAGUGAUAGAGAACAAACGUGACUACAGUUGAGUGAACUGGCAAUACGUGACCCGAUGUCCCGAUGUCUGACGGUAGCCAUGGCUGCUAACCUGAGUUGUUACCCCUGACGUCUGACGUUAGCUAUGGGGAGAAGCACUCUGGUUGGUGGGUCAGCAGACCAAUCAGAAGGCCAACAAAGGGUCAAUUACUGUCGGCAGGGAGUAAUUAGUAAAGUGAUAUUAUUACUUUUGAGAAGAGUGAUGAGUAUUUACAACAUUCUGUUUUUGUUUGUAAAGAGAGUAUAAAUGAGGAGUGGACGGUGUGUCAGAGUCUCUGGUUUGUCACAAGGCAAUCCAUUGCAGCUGGGGAGAAUAUCUGUACAUCUGGAAUAAUAAUACAGAUAAUUUGUUUAUUAUAGUAUUUAUUUUCUGUGACAUCAUCAGUAACUGUAAUGAGUUGUAGAUGUUUACUUUAUGGCAUCUUUUUUUGUUGCCGUCACGUUUAAGUGUUACAUGUUGUCACUGUGUUAUUGGUGUUUUAUUAGAUUCAUACUGUAUUUUUUUUACUUUUUUUACAUGAAUCCUGAUCUUGUGUGUGUGUGUGUGUGUGUGUGUGUGUG